GGUCACAAGAGAAGGAAAAAGAAAAAGUCCCGUAACCAAGGCGGACACGAUUUUACUGAUAGUAUGAGCGGCGUGUCUAACGAAUCAAUAGGAAGCACUGAAGGAGUAUACAAUGUUAACGCAGCGAAUGAUCACAUCGAUCUAGCGAUGUUUGAAAAUAGCUAUCAUACGGCUGUGGUACCUGAAAAUAUGUACGUUGAAAACCCAAUACUUCCCACCCCUCGAAACAACAGUGACGACAGCGAUGAAGCCGUGAGGUUGGCCACCUUUAUUGCCCGACCCAGUCCACUUCCGACACGUCAUCUGACGGAUCAUUGCAAUUGUCAUCCAACCUCGAGCCACGUUAAUCCAGCGUACGAAGAGGAUGAAUAUGUUGACAUAUACUCAACCGAAGCCGCUCUGGCAGUAACUGGAAAUGAGCUGUCUGACGAGAAGACUGGCAUUUGCGCGGAUGCAACAGUUGAUUUAGCCAAAAUGAAACGAGACAGAGAGAAUCAAGAUGAUAAUCCGCUCGAACAAGUGACAGAUGAUAUUUUAAUAUAACGCAGCAAUCAUUCAAAUGUAAAUAGUUAAACACAACUAAUUAUUCAGUUAGCUGAGUUAGUUGAGUACUCCUCGUGAGUCGCGACGACGAAUAUUUCGUAAAAUAGGAAGAUUCUAUUAGUUUUAUAGAGAACGAAUAAAUAACCUCAGACAAGAUUGUAGUGUCA